GAACGUCACUGUUUCCGGGCUUCGGCGGAAGCUACAAGUGUUUGCAGAAAAUCCCUCCGAAGAUGGAGACUUUAACUGCGGGGCACAUGAUGAGCUUAGCCGCUCUGCAGAGACAAGACCCGUACAUUAACAAGCUGCUGGAUGUUACCGGCCAGGUAGCUCUCUACACCUUCAACUCCAAGGUGAACGAGUGGGAGAAGACAGAAAUAGAGGGAACUCUGUUCGUUUACUCAAGGUCUGCCUCCCCUCACCAUGGCUUCACCAUCAUGAAUCGGCUGAGUACAGAAAACCUCGUGGAGCCGAUAAACAAAGAUCUGGAGUUCCAGCUGCAGGAUCCCUUCCUGCUCUACAGGAACGGCAACUUGGGUAUCUAUAGUAUUUGGUUCUACGACAAGCGGGACUGUCAACGCAUCGCCCAGCUGAUGGUCAAGAUUGUGAAACAAGAAGCGGACCACGCCCUGAGAAAGACCCCAGAGAGGGUAGAUCCAGGCAGAACCAAUGGAAUUGCAGAACCCCGGCCGAUCGACAUCCUGGAGCUGCUCAGCAAAGCCAAGGAGGAAUACCAGAGGGCGCAGAGUGGAGAAACAGAAGAGUCUGCAGAGUCAACGUGCAUCAGGAAGGCUCCAGAACCGCACAGAACACACCCUGCUGAAAAGAGCUCCCAUACGAUGGUGAAGCAGAUCACUGUUGAGGAGCUCUUUGGUUCUCCGCUCCCCAAAGAACCUGCUGCACAGAACGCCGCCUCCUCCAGGGACGUCCCACACGCCUACGUACAGAAGCAGCCCUAUCCCGCUGCAGCUCACCAAAGCCCGCUCCUCGCGCAGCAGUUCUCGAGCCACGACCCCGGCGCUGGCCAGCAGCCACACGGACCCGCUCCUUACGCGCUCAAUCCCAGUCCUGUCUUCAAGUCCAUGGUUCCCAUGCCAGAGCCCCAGCCUCACUGCCCGGCCUCCCCUCUGGUGAUGGCUCCUGGAGGCUCGGAGCAACACAACGCCCUCACUGCGCCCGCCGCUCCUCCAGCUGCCUUUCUGGGACAGGACAUGGUCGGCUCUCUCAAACCAGCAGCUUCAUCUGUGAACUCUGGCAUCCACAAACCCAUCCUGGCACCCAGCUUCCUUCCAAGCACGCUGGUUCCACCUCGCAGCUUCCAAGAGCCCAAGAAGGACGUUUUCUCUCAGCCUCCCAACCUGAUCGCGCCCAUGUCUGCUAUUCCCAUGAGCCCUGGACUCGCUGUCCCAGGCUCCGACGCCUCAGUGCUGCUGUCUCCCAGCGCCUUCCAACAGAGCAUGAAUAAAACCACAACGAUACCCGCGGUCCCGUCUGCUCCUCCGGAUCCACCGUCUGCGUCUGGAAGACCUGCGGAGCCUCUUCAGGCCCACUGCAGUAAAACGCAGCUGCAGGAGACCUUGAUACACCUCAUCAAGAAUGACUCGGACUUCCUCAGUGCCAUUCAUGUGGCUUACCUGCAGAGCGUAUCCAAGGACUUCAGAAACAUGAAGCUGUAGUCCCGCUUCGAGCGGACGUGAUUUCAGUGCUAGAACUUCUUUAUGGCCACAGACGAGGGCAAAUGAUUGUGGGAGAAAAGCCAAGGAAGACACAGGUUUGUGACGCACUGCACACCACCUUCUCUUCUCCAGCACUGGUGCCAAGGAUUGUUACGGGAAAGGCCGCAGAGCCAACCCCGGAGUCACUGCCGUUACCCUGGAUCUGUCGGCGGAGAACACGGCAGGAGAACAUUUCUGCGUACCUUCAGCUAACUUCCCCAAAUACGGUGACUCUGGCUAAUCUAAUGGCCGCCUAGUGAAGAAAGCCGAUCACUUGGAGGACAGGAAGGAACACGGCGGACGUCUGGUGGAAGUCUUUUAUGACCGAUGGAGGAACAUUAUGUGUAUCACAGACACUUCUCCUCUUAUUAAUGUAACCGUCAUCCUUGUGGGGUUCUCACAGUGAGAGCGCGGCAACACAAACAGGACACACGCCUUUAAAAAGAACUACAUGUGUUUCCACUCAGUGAACCAGAAGGUGGUGCAGACAGCUUGUGUAUUUUUAGCAAAACAGUUUCAGUUUAUUUGUGGCGUUUUAGUUCUUGGAAGAUUUUUUUUAUUUUUAUUUUUUAAUUAUUAUUUUUUUGCAACCAUUUUCUCAGAUUAAAAACUUAUCAAGAGGCACUUAGAGCUCAAAAGCUAAAAUACAAAUCAGUCUCUGAGCAUCUUUUUUUUAAUUAUUAUUGUUACAGGUGGAAUAUAUUUAUAACUCCUAAAGGCACACAAAAAAAACCCAUCUUUGCUUCCUUUCUCUCCUCCAAAGGAUCCUGCAUCCCUUUGUUUUCAUUCUGGUUAUCCGCUGCGCCUCCUUCACCAGCUGAGCUCACAUCUUUGUGCAAUACACAACCACUUCAGACCAGCACUGUGGGAUCCUUUGAGACGGUACUACAGAAAUAGAUUUUUAUGAAUAUAAAUAUCCUGUGCAAAAAAAAAAAAUAUCAGAAGAUCAGGUUGGUAAAAUGUUUGGAUUCCUGUUUACAACCAUCUAUUUAUGAAAGGUUGGCGCUGAAGUUCUUUUGUAACUCGUUUUUCUUGGUAAGCUAGCCGUUUAAAGUUUGGAUUAGAGAAUGUAAACUACCUUCGUUUCUUGUUUACAGUUCGGUUUUGAGUAGAAAGGAGUCAAACUUGAUUUGGCUUCUUUUCUUUGCAGUAAGAGACUACUGCAGAAUAUCUACAGGGGAAUCCUGCAGAGUAAUUUAAAGGCAGGAAAUAAUUCAUCCGGUGUCUACGGCACAAAAAAAAAAAAGAUUUAUUUUGCAUAUCGAUUUAUCUACAGAGGCUUUUCCUACAUCUGCAGUCGCAUGUCGGACAUAAACAGGAUUCUUACACCUCAAACUACACAAGUUAAUUUGUUGGAUCAGCAUUUUAGUUACCGAAACACAGUGAAACAGUGUCUUGUGUAAGCAAUGUUAAAGGCAGAUUUUUGUUUUCUUUUGUUCUUUUAAAGAAUAUCAGAAGUAUCUCUGAAUGAAUGGAAAUUAGAUUAAAAAUGCAUCUUUUACUGCUGUAGCUUCAUGUAGAAUAUUUUUUUUUUCAGAGAUGGAAAAAUUCCCAUACAUUUUUUUUUUAUAUAUAUAUAAUUAAAAUCCCAAGUGGCACAGUUAUUGGCACCCUUAACAAUUGCUGUAAAACAUGUUUCUUUUAUUUAUACUUUUACUUUUUUAAACAUAUCAGAGCACAUGGGUAUUUUUCAUUAUUAAGAAUUGCCUUCAUGGGUCAGCGUGGUAUAAAAAUGACGCCACACAAAGACUCAGAUUUUCUUAGCCACUCCUCAAAAUGGGAAAUACAAGAGAAAAUGCCUUUCAAAGCAGGAAGAUGUAUUGAUCAGUCAGAAAUGAGCUGUUCUAAACCUACCAGAGCUUAAAACAACAGGGUUUAUGAUAAAUGAGGCUGGAUGAGGACUCGAGUUCUUCUUGGUGCCGCGCACACACAGUGAAGAGGUCUAAAGCUCAAUGUUGAAGAACCGCAGUAAAUAAUUUGUUGUGAGGAAUUCCUGAUUUAAAAAGGAAAGAGAGCAAUUAAUUCCCAGUACUAAUUAUUGCUAAAGCAACUAAUUUUUUAAUAGGCUUUUUUUACUCGUCUUUGCCGUUAAACGUGGAGGGUGCUGUAAAUCCUCGCCGUGACUGACAUCAUGACGAAUGUAUUUACUGUCAAAGUCCUGCAUUCAGCAACAUGAGCUCUGCACACGUCGGUGUGGUCCCUUACGCUUUUAUUUUGAUCCAAUUCAAAACGACACGGUUGGAUAUGAGCAGCCCGUAACAAAUCAGAUGUCAGUGUGUUUCCGUUGAUAUUGUGAGAUCUUGUUACAACCAAUUAUUAUCGCUAAUGAAGGAACAAUUAAAACAUAGUAAAUUAAACCGUGUCAUACUGGAGAUUUUAAGAUGAUUAUUUAUCAUACUGGCCAGAGUUAUGAUUUUUUUUCUUUUGGUAUGUCAUUGCAAUUUUUUUUCUUUUUUAGUUUGUCACUGUAUACAUAUUUUGUGAUAAUAAAGAUUUGAACCCAAA